ACGGACUUUCCGCAGAGUUCUGUUUGCUGCGGCGAACUAGUGAAACGAAUUGUCGUUUGGACCAGAUUUGGGUCGAAAUCAGGUCACAGACGGUCGUUUUUUGAUUUCGAAUGUAGUAUGCUGAGCCCUUAAGAAUCAAGGACCCGUGACGUCAUGUCUGACAAAGGCGGAAGUGAAGAGAACGAUAACAACAUCCGGAGAAUCGGAGAUACAUAGGAAACGAAACGAAAGAUUAUUAAAUGAAAGCAUGAUUUCAUGUUUAUAGCAAAAUGCAGCUUGGUUUAUACCGGUGAGGACUUACAUUCUUUGAACACGUAACGCCAAGGAGAAUCAAAUAUUUAGAAAGGAUGCACUGUGUGGCUACUGACAAACAUCUGGAGAGCCCAGGGGUCUGCUUGAGGCCCCACAAUGAAGAGUCAUGUGACGAGGAGAUGGACACACAUGAGGCCAAAUGGAACUGGUUUUACCUUGCUGAAUGUGGCGUUUGGCAUAUGUUUGAAGAAGUUCCAAGCACAGGUUGUUCUAUCACCACUGAGCAAAUUGAGCAAAACUACUUGAAAAAUCUGACUGGUUCAAUGGACUUCUACACUGCAAAAUAUACCUAUAAGUUAGACUUUUCCACUAUGAAACAAGUAAAUGUGACAACUGGAAAAGAGAGGCCCAUCAAAAGAGCCUUAAGUUCAGCUACUGAUUUUAGAUUCAUCUGUGAUAACUUUGCCCUCCCUGUUCCGAGUCACUGGGAAAGGGUUAAUACAGCUGAGCCCUAUCAGCUAAUUGCUUUAAACAGAGACACAUUCGAGUAUAAAGAAGUGGCCAGGUUAUAUGAGAGAACCAUGAGUCAGCCCAUCAGAUCCAUUCAGAGAAUACAGAACCUGGACCUGUGGGAGUUUUUCUGCAGGAAGAAGGCCCAGCUGAGAAAGGUCAAGCGUGUCGUAGACAUUGAAGAAAAGAUGCUUUUUCACGGAACAGGCCACAGCAAUGUACAGGCCAUAUGUACAUACAACUUUGAUUGGCGUCUCACUGGAAGCAAUGGUGAUGUCUAUGGCAAAGGAAGCUAUUUUGCUCGUGACGCAAAGUAUUCAAGCAAGUUUUGCCAUUCGACUAGCAAGCAUAAUUUCAUACUACAAAGACAUGGUCUAGCACCCCCCAUUUUCCAGAAUGAGCCACCGUACAGGUGUAUGUUGCUGGCAAGGGUUCUAGUCGGGGAACAUACAUUGGGUCACCCUCUGUACUGCAGACCGCCUUCUAAGGACACGAGUAUUGCCAACUUCUUUGACAGCUGUGUGGAUGACAUGAUGAACCCCAAGAUCUUUGUCAUAUUUGACAGCAACCAGAUCUAUCCAGAGUACCUUAUUGAAUUUUACUGAAGAUAACAAGCACCAAAAAAACCCUGAUAUACUUUUUUCCAUUCUAAUAAACUUGGACACUAAUUUUCUCACAGCGGAGUUGGAAAAGUAACCGAUUCUUUGAAAGUGCCUUUGGGGGCCUAGAUGACAUGUAUAAAAUGUAUAUAUGUAAAUGUGGACAAAAAAUCAAUAGGCACCAUUUCUUGUUGCUUUGAUGGUCAGUUUUUGCAUCCCAUCAAGCCAUUUAUUGUUAUUAAUGCAGAUGUUAACACAGCAAGGUAUUUGUUAAUUUGAAUUAGUUUAUAAAACACUGAAAAUCAUAUUUUUUAAAAACAGUUGAUUCAUUUUAAUAGUGUUCUUUUUUAUUCAUUUGUAUAUCUUAAUAUUCAGGGAGUUAGGCAGAGUUUGGAUAACAACUUUGAAAGAUUAACUGCAUGAAAGAUGCCAUCCCAUUAAUUUUCUUUCUCUUUGAAUGUAAAAGAGUCCUGCCUUGGGGAAACUCAAGUGCUGUGUGAAAUACUAUGGUAUUAUGAAAAAACCUGUUUGUAGACAUUUAUCUUCAGUGAUUUCAUGGAUAUCGGAUACCCAAGCAAUGUUCUUUCAUCUGCAUAUGUAACUUUUUUGUUGUAGUUACGGUUUUUCAUAAUCUACCUCAUGAUAUGUAUAUAAGCUCCAGGAUACUGUAUGUCCAACAAAAGAAAGUUGUGUUUAUGGCCAGUUGUCAAAAAAACAUGCAAUAAAUGUAACUAAAAGUGCA